AUGUCUGAGGAUUCCUUCGCGCACGAGAGAGCUCUCAUAUCGCUGUUGGCUCAUUUAAAUCUUGAUUUCGAGGGUCGCAUUUCCAGGUUUAUUGCUGCGAGAGAAGCUGGGGGUGGUGCCAAUAGAAACCGCCGAAGGCUGGCUGCAGGGCGCGAGGCUCUUAGGGAUUUGGAUCAAGCUCUUGACAUUGCCGUAUUGCACACGGAGGAAAGGCUUGUGAAUAUCUUGAUCCCUUUAAGGGAGGCCGUGGCUGCAAGCCUCGCAGUUGUAACAGCGCCUGGGUUCACGUGGUAUAGGACAGAUCCUUUGCUUCCUGAUUUUAACAUUGAAGACGUUGCGUUCGCUUUCGAAGUUGGUGUUGGCGAAAGUACAGAGGCAUUGGAGAACAGGAUCAACCAGCCACUUAAUGCAUCGGAGCCCGCGACUGGAGCGGCGUUUAAUGCAUCGGAGCCCGCGACUGGUGCGGUGCCUUUUAAUGCAACGGAGUCUACGGUUGCCAUAGCUGCUCCAGGUGAGCCUAUUGACGUAGACGCUCCAAGCACGCCUCUGCGGCGUUCGCGAUCUCCACCUCCUGUGAGUGGCUCGGCUGUUGUCCUUCCCAAUCCGAAACCUCCGGACUUGGAUAAGGAUUAUUGGUACGAAUUCCCCACGAUAGACGAGUCCUUUGACGAACGAGUCUCAGGGAAUAAGGAUAGUGGUUCUAGUGUCAGCGAUUGGACACCAGAGCAGUGGCAGGAGUUUAAUGCUAAGCAGGAGCUGGCGCCUUCUGCUACUGUUGUCAUUGACGAGCCUGUUGCUCCGACUGCGGAGACCACCGUCGCUAAUGCACCGGCCGGCGCCAUUUGGAUUGAGCAUAACGCUCUUGGUGAUGCAGUAGCGGAAAUCCGCAGACGAUCUUCUGCAGAACAUAUCCUGGCGCUUGAUUGGCACGGCGUAGCGGACAAAGAUCUUGAGGCAACUUCGGCGGCUUUCUCCGCGUGUGCAAGCAGACCUGAUGUUUUAAUGCUCAUUCUGUCUAAGACAGAGACGCAGCGAUUCAAGCAGGUGACGUACAGCGAGACAAACCGAAUGGCCCAGGAAGACGGCUUAUCUGUGCUGUGUCUCUUUACGCCACGAGCCGUCGGUCGGGACGGAAAGGCCAAUGCAUUGUGGGAGUUCUUAUGGCCAGGUCAGACCGCCGAAAUUUGCAUCAGCUGCUGGUCGCGGAAG